AUGUCGAGUCAACUAGCCGAGGACGUGCGCGAAGAAGAAUUCGAGGAGGAUGUAGCGGACGAGGCUGAGGGUGAAGAGGAGGACGCGCCCACCAGCGACGCAGGCGCUGCCGAUGGCGAUCAAGACGAGAAGGAAGAGGAUGCAGAGGAAGAGGAAGAAGAGGAAGAAGAGGAAGAGGCUGAGGAAGUGGUGGCUACUCGGGACGAUGUGGCUGGCACCUUGGACCUUUUGGGUCGAACAGCCGAUGCCCUUGAAUUUGCUUUCAUUCGUUGCCGUCUGCUUGAUCGCGCGGUGACCGACGUGGCCGUACUGGCCGAAUUUAAGCAUCUUCAAAUUCUGGAGCUGAAUGGCAACGAUCUGACAACUUUGCAGCCCUUGGCGUCACUCAAGUACCUUACCAGUGUCACAGUUCGCAAUAAUCGUCUCAAGCAGCUGCAGCUAGGCGAGAUGAAAUAUCUGCAACGCCUGGACAUCAGUGGUAAUCACAUCAAGAACCUGGAUGAGCUCAACACACCAAGUUUGCGCUACCUGGAUGCGAGUACCAACAGCAUCAGGGCGCUGGGAUUUGCCACGCAAUUGCCUGCCCUCGAACACCUCAACAUAUCAGAAAACAAGCUGCGGGCAUUAGACACCCUUGAUCACCCGCGGUUGGCUGAACUCGAGCUGUCCGGGAACGAAGUGGGUAGCCUGCAGUUUCUGGGUGAUCUUCCAGCUUUGACCACUCUGAGUGCCAUGGGCAGUCAUCUCGAGUCCAUCGAGCUGGACACGACACUGCCCAACCUGACAACACUGCAUCUGGAUGACAACAACUUUGCCGACCUGAACAUUCUCAAGGAGCUCAGUGUGCUGUCCAGCCUGGCACACCUGUCAAUGAGCGGCAACUCGUGCGCGGAGGAGGGCGAUUAUCGUGUGGAAGCCUUGGUCGCUAUCCAGGGCCUCAAGACAUUGGACGGCGAGGGUUACGAUUCAGAGGAUCGCGAUGAAGCGCGCAACCCCUCUUUUGAAUACGCGAUCGUGUUGAGCUGUGACUUGUUUAUGCGCAUGAAUUCUUCUCACAUGAACCUUGCACCGCCUGGGCAAUUCUUGUAG